CCGACCAACUCAACGCAACUCAGCUCCGCGCACGCUUCUUCUGUCUUGCUUUCAUAAUUGAUAAAACCCUUUCUAAAACCCUGAAAUCAGAGCAGUUCGCUCGUAUGAAUGGAGAUCUCUUAUCUCUCCAGACGAAAUCUCAAUCUCAGGCACUUCCCCAUUCCUCAUUACUGCCUUUCUUCUCUUCUCUUCUCUGUUUCUUCCAAAUCACUUCCCUUUCUCUUUUCCUCUCCCCAGACCCUCCUCUUACCUAAGCCCUCUCCGCCCCCGAUUCUCAGUUUCCAUCAAUUUCACUCCAUUUCUUCUUCAGAUUCUUCAGCUUCUCUCGUUUCCUCAAAUGGGUCCUCCUCGUUCCUUUCUACGGCAUACCCAUCUUCUCAAUUUUUCAAUUUGUAUGAUUUUCGGUGGUUUCGAAGUUUCUCAGUGUCAGUCUCAGGGCUAAUGGCAAGUAGGAAGCAAGCUUUGGAGGUUGUCAGUUUGAUUAGAAGCGGUCAGAACGAUUUGGAAUCCAAGUUGGACGGAAUGAAUGUAAGUCUAUCCGAGGCAUCAUUGAAUACCAUAUUUCGGAUUUUAAAUAACGAGAAAGUUUCUGCAUUGCGUUUCUUCUACUGGAUUCGAGAAUCACAUCCCCAGUUUUAUCAUAACUCUGACAUUUGUAGUUUGGUUAUUGAUAAUUGUGGGAGAUUAGAUGACUUUGACUCAGCAGCUAGUCUUUUGAACGAUUUUAAGCUACAUGGGAUACUUCUGAAUCAUAGGGCUUUCGGAUUUGUACCUGUUAUGAUUUCUAGUAAAGCCGCAACAAAGAAAUCUAUAUGCAAAGUGGUCGAGGUGUUAAACAGAAUCGGUGGCUCAUGUAGUGUUUCUGGAAUCCAUGCUUUGAUAGAGAUGUUGUGUGCUCUAGAAUCCUUUGAAAUGGCUAAAUAUGUAAUUGCAAAAGCAGAGAAGAGGUUGUCGAACUACAAUAUUUUGAUUAGAGGACAGUGUCGUAAAGGCGAUUUUGAAGGAGCUAGAGAGAUACUUGAUUGGAUGAUCAAAGUUGGUUGUAACCCAAAUUCCCAAACUUUUAACAAUAUACUCAGUUGUUUAUGCAAGAAUGAUAAAGUUGCUGAGGCUUGUCAACUGCUUGAACAGAUGCUGGAAAGUGGCUGUCCACUGGAUGCAUUGACGUUUGAGAUAUUUAUAUGUUAUUACUGUGGACUUGGUAGGUUAGAUAUGGCGUUUGAGUGGCUCAAUAAAAUGGAUUCAAGCGGUAUUGAACCUCGGAUUACAACGCAUGCUGCGUUUGUCAAGGGUUACUUCAAAUUGCAGCAGUAUGAGGAGGCACACAACUAUGUGGUUGUUUGUAGUGAUAAGUACAAGCAAGCAAGCAAUAUACUUUACAGUUUGUUGGCGAGUCUUCAUAGAAAAAGAGGAAAACCAGUCAUUGCACAAAGUAUUCUUUCUGAGAUGAUAGAAAAGGGUCUAAAACCAAACUUUGCAGUGUAUAUGACUGUUACGAAGCAGCUUCAGAAAUCAGGCAGAGAAGAUCUGGCUGGAAAUUUGAGGAGCAGCUUUUCCAGCUUGAUUUCACAGCCAAGUGCUGAUAAUGGAUGAUAUUAAUUUGAAAUUUCUAUAAGCAGAAAUCUACUGCUAAUCUUUUGUUUCUAAUUGCAUAAAUGAGCUCACUGGAGGUCCAUAAGCUAAAGCAGUGAGGAUUUUUUCCCCUGGUCAAUCAUGUACAAGUAACCUAGGAACAAAGCUUUUUCUUUCUCUACAUAUUUUACAGUUUAUUUUACUGAGUAGAAAAGAAUCUCAAGAAUAUGAUCAACUGAUGGCAAUGAGAGAAAGUCAACUUGUUUGGAUUGCCUUGAUUUUUUUUCUUAUAAAGUAUAUUGGCAAUUCUUUUCAGUC